UUAUUUCUUGGGCUUGUCAACGGCGCCAAUUAUGAAUAUGCAGUAGCUGAAGACCUGAACAGCCUGUCGGAGCAGCGUCACUGGCCAGCACAUAUAAGUGCCGUUACUUCUGUCUUCUAUUCAACAGAAGCGGAAAUGAUUUUUAGCUGCAGCAAAGAUAAGACAGCUGUUUGGCACUGCUCCGAAACAUCGGUCAAAAUUGGAUCAUUUGUUGGUGAAUCAAGCUUCACGGCGCUUGAAUUCGAUGCCCCAUCAAAAUUCGUAUUUUUGGGCGAUUCCAACGGCAGUAUCACCAUUUUACGUUUAAACGGUCCAGAAGCAACGGUCGUCAGCACGCUUUCUGCGCAUACAAAAUCCAUAACAUCAUUAGCUUGGGAUAUGGAUCGGCAGUUACUGUACUCGGCCGCGACCGAUCAUCUGGUAAUUAUGUGGGAUAUUGGCGGAAAGAAAGGACAGGCUUUUGAACUUAAUUCGCACAACAGCAGCGUGACAUGCUUGCAAUAUGCGCUGCACGCAAAGAGGCUCUUCUCGGCUGACGACAGUGGAAGUCUGGUUUGUUGGGAUAUGGCUGCAAAACGUGUCGUAACACCGGAAUGGAAAACAAGCGAUAGUUGCCAGUUGUUAUGUGCGAAUUGCUGUUCCAAUACAACACGAUUUCCGCCAAUGGGUUACGAAUUACCAGUGAGAACAUGCAAUGCCUGCCAUUCACGAAUGCAGCAAUUCCCGGAUCAAUUCGACCUGACACCGCUAGCAAUAGUAUCGGAAUUACGUCAAGGUGUCACAUGUAUGCAUUUGCAAGAGUCCACUGGUCGCCUGGUUACGGCCGGUGUCGAUCGCGUCCUGAUGAUUUGGGAUGUCAAACAACUGGUGUAA